UUACCAAAAACUAAAAAAAUAAAAAAUAAAAUAAAAGGAAAGGGUUGGGUUGCUCCACUCUAAAAGUCCCAUCAUUGCCAGCUCUCUUUCUUUCUCUAUCUCUCUGUGUCUAAAACCCCACUCACUCUGAGCAGUCCAUUUUCUUCAAUUACCUCAUUUAUACUUCGACUGCCACCCGCACAUUCACUUUGUCUCACUUCUUCUUCUUCUAUCUUGUUUCCAUGUGUUUCUGGAAGAAGAAGAAGAAGAAGAAGAAGAAGAAGAACCACCAAGAGUUGCGUUUCGCGUAGGCAACGACAAGUAGGUAGUAGAAGAAGAAGGAGAAUAAUGUCUGACUAUGCGUUUCUGAACGAUCAGCUCUCCAAACGUACUUCCAUUUUUGGUUUACGCUUAUGGGUGGUGCUUGGUAUAUGUGUAGGAGCAGCCAUAGUUUUGGUACUGUUCCUCAUAUCCCUCUGGUUCACUUCGAGGCGUAACAGCAGCUCUUCCAAAGCUAAAUCCUCUCAGAAUCCCACCAUCCCUAACGUCUCUAAGGAGAUUCAGGAAAUCAGGAUCGACUAUGCUCGAAACCCGACUCACCCUCCUCAACCCGACUCAAAGCCUCACCAACUUGACAACCCUGACACUUUCCCUGAAUCGGAGCCUUUGGCCAGAGCUCAGGCUCUACUUUCUCAGCCUGAGGAUGAGAGCCCAGUGGGUGGCCGCCACAGAAUUCACAUUGAAAUUGGAAAGGACCACCGGAUUUUAUGCCCGGAGAAGGGUGGUGGGUCCUCCCAUGGAAGCGGUGAAGCUCGGUCCGGAGACCAGGCGCUGAUAGUUGCACCGGAGGUCUCGCAUUUGGGUUGGGGACACUGGUACACUCUCAGAGAGCUUGAGGUCUCUACCAAUGGUUUUGCUGAUGAGAAUGUGAUUGGUGAAGGUGGUUAUGGAAUUGUGUACCGUGGCGUCUUGGAAGAUAAUACAAAGGUUGCCAUAAAAAAUUUGCUCAAUAACAGGGGACAAGCUGAGAAGGAGUUCAAGGUUGAAGUUGAAGCGAUUGGUCGCGUUCGGCAUAAAAAUUUAGUGAGGUUGCUUGGUUAUUGUGCUGAAGGAGCUCAUAGGAUGCUUGUUUAUGAGUAUGUUGAUAAUGGAAACUUAGAACAGUGGCUUCAUGGAGAUGUUGGGCCUUACAGUCCUCUUACAUGGGAGAUCCGAAUGAAUAUAAUACUUGGAAUGGCAAAAGGAUUGACAUACUUGCACGAGGGACUUGAACCUAAGGUUGUUCACCGUGAUAUCAAGUCAAGCAAUAUCUUACUUGAUAAGCAGUGGAAUCCCAAAGUAUCUGACUUUGGCCUUGCAAAACUCCUGGGCUCAGAGAGGAGUUAUGUUACAACUCGUGUUAUGGGAACCUUUGGAUAUGUAGCUCCUGAAUAUGCCAGCACUGGCAUGUUAAAUGAAAGAAGUGAUGUAUACAGUUUUGGAAUUCUUCUUAUGGAGAUCAUUACUGGAAGAAACCCGGUUGACUAUAGCCGCCCACCAGGGGAGGUGAACCUAGUUGAGUGGCUUAAAACAAUGGUUACAAAUAGGAAUGCAGAGGGAGUUCUGGAUCCUAGGUUGCUGGAGAAGCCAUCUUCAAGGGCACUGAAACGUGCUCUUCUUGUAGCUUUACGCUGUGUUGACCCUAAUGCUCAAAAGAGGCCAAAAAUGGGGCAUGUGAUACAUAUGCUUGAAGCUGAUGAGUUCCCUUUCCGAGAUGACCGGCGAACCGGAAGAGAACAUGGACGUUCACAGCAUGAUUGUGCGACUGCAAGGUUGGAGAAGCGUGUGAGUGAAUCUGGUGAUAGUAGCGGCUAUGAAAGUAGUGCUCAAACCAGUAAAGCUUUGUGGAGAAACCAACAAGUUGAAGGAGUUCAUUAAGUUCUUCAUCAGAUCCAUCUAUAAGAUGAAUCAGCACACCUAAUUUUGUCAUUUUUUUUUUUUUUUUUUUGGCCUGUAUCUUUUAUGAAAUUUUUAUUUAGUUCUGUAAAUGUGAUUUACAUGAAUAUUGAGUUUGCACUCGUGUAGAUGCUGUAGUAUUUUGUUCCAUUAUUUGUAUGUAAUUUAACAUUUCAAGUA